AUGACUCAAGACGGUUUGCCCUCGACAGAUAAGACAACACCCAUUACACAUUCGCCUUUUAUUAUUGGUGUAGCUGGCGGAUCAGCUAGUGGAAAGAAAACCGUCUGUAAUAUGAUCAUGGACCGACUUCGUAAACGAGCUAAAACAUUACGCAACGUUGUUGUUAUUAGUCUUGGAGACUUUUAUCGUAUACUGACCGACGAAGAGAGAUCGCUAGCUGAGAGGGCAGAAUUCAGCUUUGACCAUCCGUCGGCUUUUGAUUUUGAUCUAGUAGAGCAAGUUCUAAGCGACUUGAAGUCAGGGAAGGAAGUUGCACUUCCGUCUUAUGAUUAUAAAACACGCACAAGAUGCCUCCCUGCAAAAAGACUUCACUCGCCGGACGUAAUCCUGUUUGAGGUCAUUCAAGAUACAGAACAAAGGUAUCAUUUCUCUCUCGACCAGGUUCUUAAUCAUUACCUUAAUUAUGUCAAACCGGCUUAUGAGGAUUUUAUCUUACCGACGAAAAAAACUGCAGAUGUCAUAAUCCCAAGAGGAGCUGAUAACAUUCCAGCUAUAGAUCUUAUAACUUCACACAUCGAAGAUCUAUUGAAAGGACGCAGAGAAGGGUCCAAACUUAGAUUGAACACUGCUCCUAAUGAUUUACGUGCGAAGGAUGAUGAACUGCGUGUCCCAACGCCAAGUUCUGCACUCGAGCCAGAAAACAGAUUCGUUUCCGUUCCGCGUUAG